UGGCGCGUGCCGAACGAUGUUCGUCGUUCGGACUUUAGCAGCUUCUCCCGACAACAAUAAUUUGUGAUUUACGUACAGUCUUAACAGAAAACGAUUUGGAACAGCAAAAACAACAAAAUUCCAAGCGGCCCUUGGACUUUACAGCUGUGACGCUUUCCAGCUGGAAGAAUUGUGUGAACACUGGCUCGUUAGCUAGCUAGCUAAUUUUAAGCAGCAAGUGACUGAGCAGGACACCUUUUCUUCUUUGUGUUUCUGCUAAUUGACUGCUACCACAAUGAGGAGACAGGAAAACCAGCCACCUAGACCCACAGCAGGCUGCCUCUCUAUUCCACUCUUUAACCAGAAGAAGAGAAACAGAAUUCCUUUGACAUCUACACCAUCUGAGAAUGAAUUCUUUUCCCACAGUGAAUACAUGGCAAGCACCAGCUCAGCUACAUCUCACAGCACACCAGGUGCAUAUGGAUGUUACCAGGCCUCAGGUCCAUCUUCUGGUGCUCCCCAAAGGCACCAAUGGAAUAAACAGGGCGCCCCACAGUCAACUCCACCCCAGCAGUAUGGCAACAACAGACCUGCUCCUGGACCGGGCCCUACAGUGAGAGCCUAUGGACCUGUACCACAUCCAUAUAAAGCUGGAAGUAGAAGCUCAGGGACCGGACCCUCCAGCUACAUAGUCAGACAACAGGAUUCCAGUGCCAGUGUUAAUUCCACACAGAACAAAUAUCAAGCCCCUCGCAAUGAGAGCGCACAAAGCAAGCCAACGCCCCAUACAGGUUUUUCUCAGAUGGGUCGGCAGCCAUCUCCGUAUUCCCAGCAGUCCAGACCUCUUCUUCCUCCUCCUCCUCCUCCUCCUGUCCCACCACCCAGGAGGCCCUCUGCUCAUGCUGUGCAGCCACAGAAGAACUCCUGGAAAUUUACUAACAGUUUUGAACCAAAAAGAUCUUCCUUUGAGGGAAAGAGGAGCUCAAAUCAACCUCAGACUGCUCGACUAACUGAAACUCAGCAGGGGGCAAUUCCAGUAAAGCCGGCCAUCGAGAACUCACUGAGGAUCCUAACAGCAGUUAUUGAUGGCAUGAGACACUGGAGUCAGUUUAAAGACAAAGUGCCUUACUUAUUUGAGAUAUUUGCUACUUUAGACUCUGCGGUCACACUGGGUCGCUACGGAGCCAAGAACUUCCUCAUCAGGGAUGGGAAGGAGGCUGUGCAGUGCGUCUUUUAUGAAAAUGAGCGGGUGCUGCCUCGUCUCAUCCGUGGUCAGGUCCAUCGCUGUGUGGGUAACUAUGACCGCAGCAGGGAUGUCCUGAUCUGUGUGUCCGUCAGGCCUGGCCUGCCCUCAGAGCUGAGGAAUGCCCAGGAAGCUGUCAAAGCCUGUGAUGCAGAAAUGAGGUUGCUGGUAAAAUUACUCAGUGAAGUCUGAGCAUGAGCAGAUACCUUCAACAGUAGUAUACCUGUAUUUGAAGGGGGUGCAUGAGAGCCAAGGUUAGUGCUAUGUUCUAUACGUUGUUACAGUUGGAAAUCCAAGUAGUUCUAAAAAAAAACGUCGUUUUGUAAAGUUUUUCACCAAUAGAGGGUGGUGCUGUUUCCAUUUGCUUGUAUUCUGUAACAGUUUGCUUACAUGUUCUCACAUUUUUGUAUUUAUUUGUGAUCAAAUAUAAAAGUAAUUUAACAAA